AUGGAGGUUUCCUAUGCUAUGUAUAGCACGAACAGACUAUCUGGAGCUUCGACAUCCAAAACCAACAGUGGUAAUGUGAAAUCCCUUAAAUAUUAUUCAACCAUUGCAAAUACUAAAGAAAGUGAAAUAAACAGUCGAAUUAUGACGAACGAGAUCGAUAGAGUCUCAACAAACGUGACCUACUCUAAGGCACAUAUUCUCGAAUUCUACAAGUUCCUGACAAGAAAUUCUGGAAGGAGACGAAUGCGAAUACAAUUAAAAAAACUAUACCAGGGAUUCGGGUGUUGUGUUGUUGUUUUUUUAAUUGUAAGUUCUAUUUUUCCAAUGACAGAUGCGUGUUCGAGUCGAACAACACCAAAGCCUCGGCCACCCAGUCCUACACCUAGACCAAAUAUAACGUUCCAUACAUAUAAAUGUCCUCCAGCUUAUGCGGCUUGGUAUUGUCUCAACGAAGCCACCUGUUUUACUGUUAAGAUUGGAGAUUCGUUGCUGUAUAAUUGCGAAUGUGCUGAUGGAUACAUGGGCCCCCGUUGCGAAUACAAAGAUUUAGAUGGCUCAUAUUUGCCUACUCGUCCACGAGUUAUGCUGGAAACAGCAAGUAUAGCAAGUGGGGCCAUCGGAUCUUUAGUAUUAAUCAUAAUUGGAUGGUGCUGUUGGUGUGUUCGGAGGCAUCAGCAACGUAAAUUGGACGGUAAAGAACAUAACGUAGAUACUGUUGAUUCGCCAGGUAUUGUACACGUUAUCCACAGCGAAAGGUUGCUGCGUCCUUUUGGGACACACCAUCUUAAAACAAUUCCUAUGAGUGAUUCAUUUAAGUGA